AUCUAACAAAACAAUGAGAGAACUUGGAUUCCGUGGACUUGAUACAAAUGUGAAGAUAAUUGAACUAUGCAUACAAUUCUGCACAAAAAUUACUAGAAUUGAUGCAACCGUCAAACGAAGUCAUAUUCCAACAUUUAUUGAAUUAUUAGAAGUAUGUAAAGAGUUACGAGAAGUCUAUAUCGAUGAUAUGAUCUAUGUAGAUGAAUACACAGCAUUGAUGGGUAGUAAACGUAGAAUUACUUCUGAAGAUGGAAAUGAAGUUCUUAUACAACUAGGAAAAGUGCUUCCACGAAAAGUUCAAUCAUUUAUAUUUCAUUUGGAUUGGUGGUUUACACCGAAUUCAUUGGAAUCAUUUUUGAAAAGUUGUGCCGUUAAAGAAUUGAGAACACUCUCCUUUGCUUUAUAUAAAUCUUUUUCUUAUAAGCAUCUGGAUGUUAUACUGAAGUAUUGUUCUGGUACUUUGAGAAAUUUACACCUUAAUACGAAUAAGCAUAUACCUGAUAGGGAUCUAGAAAGAGCUAGAGAUAAUAUUGAAUACAUUAUUUUUGAUAGGGGCGAAUAUAUUGAUGAGUAUCGGUAUUAUGAAGGAUCCGAUGAAGAAUCUUUUGAUGACGAAUUUGAUAUACGUUACG